AUGUCUACACACGGAAACAUCGUUAAGAAAGACGGCCAGUGGACAGUCGAUGGACAUAUACCCUCCUCUCCGUCCAAGCAUCCAGUCCUGUCCUGCAUUGCCAAAGAUUUUGAAAAAGCGAAGAACCUGCUGAAGUUCCAUGCACCCAGCCGUCCACGCGAAACGUUCAAGUUUUUGUCCCACCAGCACCCGAAUAUAACCCCUGGCCACUCGAUCAUAACCCUCAAAAUUAUUGUUCCCCCUGGAGCAGCCACACCGCCGCACCGUCACAGUGGUGCCGCAGUCACCGCGCUCAUGAUCGAGGGUGUCACUCUCAAUCAGAUGAAUGAUGAGCCCGCCAAGACGUACAAGGAGGGAGAGACUUGGUAUGAGAGCCCUGGGUGCCAUCAUGUGAGGAGUGAGAAUAACACGAAGGAGGAGGCGGCUUUUUAUGCGGUUUUUAUCGUUGAUGAUAAAUUGAUUGAGGAGAGUGGGUAUGAGGGAUUGUUUGUGCUUGACAAGGAGGAGGAGGAGAAGAAGGCGAAAGCGUGA